UGUCCAAUAAACGCCCUGUUCUCUCACCCACUAUCCUCUCGGGGCAGUUACCGCCCCCACCUCACUCUCCUCUCUCGUUAAGAAAUAUAGCCAUUUGCCUUUCAGUAGUGCUUUCUUUACAGAAAGAGAGGAAGAAAAUUUUCUGUGCUAAAACAGAGAGCCCUAGAAAACCUGCCAAAUGUCACCAACCCAUUCACUGUAAGACUCCUUCUGAUCCUCCAACUCUACUCGCAACCAAACUCCUCAUAAACUAUUCUCUUUUGAUACUGAACAUAAUACCAUUUCAUUUUUUUGCUUAAUAAAUGCCCAAAAUUUACUGGACUAAUUCUCAUUUCAUAGACCCAUUCUCAGAACUCGACACCUCUAAUUGAAAGUUAAGGAACCCAACCAUCCCGCCACACGGGACCUUUGUGGUCACAAAACUAUUACUAGUCACUCAUUUUUCAUGCCACUAUAUAAACACAAAAAUACACUAAGUGGGAAGGAGGGUCUCGCCAAAGCAGCUUUUGUCAACUCUCUUUGUUCAUUCCCAUUUCUUGGUCAUGCUAAGAGUUCUCAACCAAAAGCUGAAGAAGUUUUGUUUUGGUCUAAGAUGGCCUAUACGCCGCCGUUCAAAGACCAAGAUCAAGAUUACUGUCAAACAGCUAGGAAAAUCUAAUUCCAAGUCUCAUUCUCAGCUUGAAUCAGAUAAAGAACCAGCUAAUGCAAAUGGGUCUGCGCUGAUCCAUCCCAGUAAUGGGCAUGAAUUGGGUCGUUCUAAAUCUGGACGUACAAUUCGUGUAGCUACAUUCAAUGCUGCCCUUUUCUCUAUGGCACCAGCACUUCCAAAGAAGAUUGACAGGUCAGCUAGUUUUGACUUUGAAAAUGAUGAUUAUUACUCCUGUAAUUUAAGAGCAAAAUCAUCAAAUGAUCGUCCUAAGAGUAUACUCAAACAAUCUCCUCUGCAUCCUAGUAAAGAAGCUGAUACUCUAUUAAAGAAGCAAGCUUUUGCUAAAUCAAAGUUAAGGGUGUCCAUAAAUUUACCAGAUAAUGAAAUAUCUUUGAAGAAAAGUGGGCAAUUAAGCUUUUUGGGAUGUGAUAGUGAGAGGUUUUUAGGAAGUGGAAUAUGCAGGGGAAAGGCUCCUUUAAGGUCUACAGUAAGUAUGCCACGUAUAGAUGGUCAGAGUUAUAGAAGUACAAGAACUGUUCUUGAAGUAUUGAGAGAGUUGAAUGCUGAUAUUUUAGCAUUGCAAGAUGUUAAAGCAGUGGAGGAGAAAGGUAUGAAGCCGUUAUCGGAUUUGGCUGCUGCUUUGGGGAUGAAUUAUGUAUUUGCAGAGAGCUGGGCUCCUGAGUAUGGCAAUGCUAUUAUGUCAAAAUGGCCUAUUAAGUCUUGGAAGAUACAAAAGAUCUUUGACGACUCCGAUUUCAGAAAUGUUCUAAAGGCCACAAUUGAUGUUCCUCGAGUUGGAGAAUUCAAUUUCUACUGCACUCACCUUGAUCACUUGGAUGAGAAUUGGCGUAUGAAGCAAAUUAAUGCUGUAAUCCAAUCCUCUGAUAAGCCACACAUUAUAGCCGGGGGAUUAAAUUCUCUAGACGAAACAGAUUACUCUCCAGAAAGAUGGACAGAUAUUGUAAAGUAUUAUGAAGAAAUGGGAAAGCCAACACCAAAGGUUGAGGUAAUGAAGCAUUUGAAGAGUAAAGAGUAUACUGAUGCUAAAGAUUUUGCUGGGGAAUGCGAGUCUGUUGUCAUGAUUGCCAAAGGACAGAGUGUGCAGGGAACGUGCAAGUAUGGAACUCGAGUGGAUUACAUACUCUCAUCAUCGGAUUCACCAUACAAGUUUGUUCCAGGCUCAUACUCCGUUUUCUCCUCAAAAGGAACUUCUGAUCAUCACAUAGUAAAAGUUGAUAUGGUAAAAGUAGAUACUGGUUCUCAACAACAUGUCAACAAGAAACGGCGGCAAGCAAAACAUAAAGUAGUCAGGAUUACUCAUUCAAAUCCAAACAAGGGUGUAUGGAAAAUAGACACAUGAAACAGAAGCAGAUUGUUAUUUCAUUGAUUUAUGCUCAUAGUACGCUGCUAUAGAAAGGGAAGAAGAAAAAGAUAAUUUAUAUGACAGAUCUUGUGAUUGAACCACAUAUCAAUAACAGUUUGAGCUUGGAUUUAUAAUAAGAGCUAAAUGUGCUGUGUCCUUGCUUCAGCUUGACAAAAAGGAGUCCCAGGAUAUAUACUACUCCCAGUUAGCACACCUCUUCAUACUUUUCUUUUUUUCUUCACCGAGUUUAACAGAAUUACUCAUACUUAAGUACAGUUGAUUUUUAUAUAACUUGAUUGUGAUAUGUUUUACCACAUCAA